AUGGACUUCCCUGAUCCCGUCAUCAAGGUAGCGAUUGAGCCAAAAACAAAAGCUGACAUUGAUAAAAUGGCAACGGGAUUGAUCAAGCUCGCUCAAGAAGACCCGUCUUUCCAUUUUUCUCGUGAUGAAGAGAUGAACCAAACUGUCAUUGAAGGAAUGGGAGAACUUCAUCUCGAGAUCAUCGUUGACAGACUGAAAAGAGAGUUCAAGGUUGAGGCUAACGUUGGUGCACCACAAGUCAACUACCGUGAGAGUAUCUCCAAAAUAUCUGAAGUGAAAUACACACACAAGAAGCAAUCAGGUGGACAAGGUCAGUUUGCUGAUAUUACAGUCCGGUUUGAGCCACUGGCAGCAGGAUCAGGAUACGAAUUCAAGAGUGAGAUCAAAGGAGGAGCUGUGCCAAGAGAGUAUAUUCCUGGUGUCAUGAAAGGACUUGAAGAGUGUAUGGGCUCUGGUGUGCUUGCUGGUUUCCCGGUUGUUGAUGUCCGUGCUUGUCUAGUUGACGGAUCUUACCAUGAUGUUGACUCAAGCGUGCUAGCUUUCCAGCUUGCUGCAAGAGGAGCUUUCCGUGAAGGGAUGAAGAAAGCAGGUCCAAGAAUGCUGGAACCUAUCAUGAGAGUUGAAGUUGUUACACCAGACGAACAUCUUGGAGAUGUCAUUGGUGAUCUUAACUCAAGAAGAGGUCAAAUCAACAGCUUUGGAGACAAACCCGGUGGUCUCAAGGUGGUGGACUCUCUGGUUCCAUUAGCAGAGAUGUUUCAGUAUGUGAGUACGUUGAGAGGCAUNUAA